AUGGUUGAAAAUCUUGAUAAUAUGAAUGAAGAUGUCGAUAAUCUUGCAGAAAAGAUUUCUGAAUUAGGGACUAGAGAAGUUGUUAAGCACACUUCAUUACAAGAAACAAAACAUGAAGUUGAAGUUAAACUUGUUGAUGAAGACGAACCUUUAUUAUCUGUAGCAACGUUUGAACAAUUAAAUUUGAGCGCAGAUUUAUUGAAAGGUGUAUAUGAAAUGGGUUUUUCAAAUCCAUCAAAAAUUCAGGCCAAAGCAUUACCAUUAUUACUCAAGGAUCCACCACAAAAUAUGAUUGGUCAAUCACAAUCAGGUACUGGUAAAACCGCGGCUUUUGUUUUAACAAUGUUGAGUAGGAUAGAUCCUGGAUUAAAAGAACCACAAGCACUUUGUUUGACACCAUCAAGAGAAUUAGCUCGUCAAAUUAUGACAGAAGUUAGAAAAAUGGGCAAAUACACAUCAGUGGUCACUGCUGAAGCUAUUCGAGAAUCUCAACCUAGAGUAACUAAAACAAGACUGGGUGAAUUUCAUGGUGUUCAAUUGAUAGUUGGUACACCUGGUACAGUUUAUGAUCUAUUGAAAAGACAAAUCAUAGAAAAAAAUUUUUUUAAAAUAUUUGUGCUGGAUGAGGCUGAUAAUAUGUUGGAUCAACAAGGUCUAGGAGAUCAAAGUAUAAGGAUAAAAAACAUAAUGCCUAAAAAUUGUCAAAUUGUACUUUUUUCUGCUACAUACCCACUUGAAGUACGUAAUUUUGCUAGUAGAUUUGCACCAAAUGCAAAUGAAUUUAGUUUAAAAGUCGAGGAAUUAUCUGUUAGAUCCAUUAAACAAUUUUAUGUGGAUUGUACAGAUGAAGAUCAUAAAAUUAUUGUAUUAGAUGAACUAUAUUCCUUAUUAACAAUUAGUCAAACAAGGUUGAUGACAGAAAGAAAUCGUAGAGUUAUCAAUCUUCACGCUGGACUAUCAACUAUUGAAAGAGAUCAAGUGAUGGAUGGUUUUCGGUCAGGCAGUGCCAAAGUAUUGAUUACAACAAAUGUCUUGGCACGUGGAAUAGAUGUGUUGCAAGUGAAUUUAGUGAUUAAUUAUGAUCUACCAGUUGAUUACAGUGGUAGAAAUCCUGAUUAUGAGACUUAUUUACAUCGUAUCGGUCGUACUGGUAGAUUUGGUAGAUCUGGUGUUUCUAUUAAUUUUGUUCAUGAUUUAACAAGUUGGGAGUUGGUUAAAAGGAUUGAAGAACAUUUCAAACGUGAUAUUAUAAAGCUUCCAACAGAUAAUUGGCCUGAAGUUGAAGAAAUAGUAAAGAAAUAUGUUUCUUAA